AUUAAGGAUACAUAAUUAGUAAGAUUUAAUUAAGUGAGCACCCUAACCUGCUUAAAUCCAGAGGACAGACUACGUGAAGAUAUGCGAGCUCUACUUGCAGCCCAGUCGGGCGUCCUGAGAGGAACUGGAGAGAGCAUUCUCUCGGCAUUGAGUAACCUGCCAUCUCUUCCUUGGAUAGCCAGCUUCAAAAUCAAGCCAUUCUUGCAAAUGAUCUCUGUCUGUCAAUGGGUUCUAACGUUUCUAAUUAUGGGAGUCACCUGCACCAUAAUCUUCUUGUGCAUCUUCUUCACAAGUUGUUGGCCAAUUGCAGCUCUGUAUUUUUCCUGGCUGGUCAUUGACUGGGACACACCCAAGCAAGGAGGCCGCCGAUCUGCGUGGGUGCGGAACUGGGCUGUCUGGCGAUACUUCAGAGAUUACUUCCCCGUCAGAUUGGUGAAGACGCACAACCUCGCCCCCAGUCGGAACUACAUCUUUGGCUAUCACCCACACGGCAUCUUCUGCUUUGGAGCCUUUUGCAACUUUGGAACAGAAGCAACUGGAUUUUCCAAAAAGUUUCCUGGAAUCCGACCUUCUCUCGCCACGCUGGCUGGAAACUUCAGGAUGCCAAUUCUGCGGGAUUACCUAAUGAGUGGUGGCAUCUUUCCCGUGACCAGGGACGCUAUCGACUAUCUGCUGUCGAAGAGCGGCACUGGAAACGCAGUGAUCAUCGUCAUCGGGGGAGCAGCAGAAUCCCUGGAGUGUACUCCAGGCAGCCACGUUGUCACCCUCAAGAACCGCAAGGGGUUUGUGAAGAUCGCUUUGCAGAACGGAGCUGACCUAGUGCCUGUUUAUGCUUUUGGUGAGAACGAGGUUUACCAACAGGUCCUCUUUAAGGAAGGCAGCUGGCUGCGGGCAAUUCAGCGAAAGUUCCAGAAGCUGAUUGGAUUUGCCCCCUGUAUUAUCCAAGGUCGGGGAUUUUUCUCAAGCCGUUCCUGGGGUCUGGUUCCUUACGCAAAACCCAUCAACACAGUUGUCGGAGAGCCAAUUUCAGUGCCAAAGAUCGAGAACCCUAGUCCUGAGGAGAUUGAUCACUACCACGAGGUUUACCAGCAUUCCCUCGUCAAGUUGUUCAACAAAUACAAGAUUAAGUUUGGCCUCAGCGAAUCGGACUACCUGGAAGUGAUUUGAAGAAAUGCCUUUUUUUAAUAGCCCACAUUCAUCAGCAAUUUGACAGGAACACCCCCCCGCCCCCAACCCCAAACCCUGAACAGAGAAUUUUUGUAGCACACUCUUCACCACAGUACUACUGACUACCAACAGCCACCGACCA